AUGUCAGCUCAACAAUUCGAAGAUCUUCCACAAAUUCAAUACGUGGACGAGGGACGCUAUUCUGGCUGGGCAUCCGACUUCCAUGGCUACACAUACCUUGACAAACAUUACGCUCCUGGGUUCAGCGUCGUGGAUGAUGUGUAUCCUGACAAUCUCGGCGACGGCACAAUGAGUAUGCAGCCGAUGCAACGCUUCAUGUUCGAUGCAUCACCUCUUUCCAGUGGUCUACUGCAUGCAAACAUACCGUUGCAAAGCCAGUACCAGAAGCAUUAUGCCUCACUGUGGCCCUCGACCGAGUUGCACCGCAACACAUCGCCUGAUAGGACGUCGAUCUCUGGAACAUCCAGCUACGCUUCACAAAACGAGGUGCCAUCGCCACAUGCUUACAAUCCAAUUUGCUAUGGUAGUCUGACCGACUUUUUCCAGCCUCAGCUACCCUACCAUACCAUCGAGCAGUUCGGUGAUGUCUCUUGCAUGUCCGGCACAUCAGGUGCAAGCAUAAGUCUCAAAGACAUCGAAUAUUGCUACCAAGAGCCUGAAUCCACGGUCGAAGAUACGAAAACUGUCAACAUGAAGCAAGAAUCCAUCGUUGAACCAGAACAAGUCUCGAGGAAGACAGAGAGCCCUCAUAACACAGAAAGAGAAUACACGGAUUCUGGUAUCGGCAACUCUGUUCGUGACGCCGAGUCAGUUCAACCAGUUGACUUCAAGGAAGAGUCCUCGUCGGAUUCUGAGUACAGUCCAUCUGGUAGGGGCAAUAAGAGAAGAAGGUCUGCACCGCACAGCUCUCGAGUCUCAAAACGACGCAUUGGCGCGCGAAAACACUCGACAGUAAGCUCUUCUAGCUCGAAUAAACCAAGUCGACGACCUCGCCGCGCCACCAAGGCCGCGAUCGAAACCGAAUACCAAGACGACCGACGGUGCUUUCCCUGUCCUCUCGCCGCGUAUAACUGCAAAUCAGAUUUCUCUUCCAAGAACGAGUGGAAACGUCACGUCAGUACCCAACACAUCAAGCUCGGCUACUGGCGUUGCGAUCUUUGCGCACCUACAACCGAUGCCAGCGACGCCUCGACGCCCAUUUACAACGACUUUAAUCGGAAAGAUCUUUUCACACAACACUUGCGCCGCAUGCAUGCCGCGCAAGGCUCUGGCGCUCGCCACAUGAAAGAACAUCCUGUCAACGAAGACAACAUCCAGGAGCACCAGACACGCUGCUACCUUCAGCUUCGUCGCGCUCCGCAGCAGUCCAUCUGUCCAUUUUCGGGCUGCGACCGAAACUUCCUCGGCCCAAAAAGCUGGGACGAGCGAAUGGAGCAUGUCGGGCGUCAUCUCGAGAAGGAUCGCAAGCGCGGUGAAGAUAUGCUCAACGUUGCAAACUGGAAAAAGGACAUCGCUCUCGAGCAGUACCUCAUAAACGAAGAUGUCAUUGUAUGGGAGGAAGGCAUGUGGAGCAUUGGUGAUGGUAAGGCACGACGGGUUGCUGGAGAUUCAUCCAGUGAUGAGGAGUGA